AUCCUGCUGGUUCUUCACAAUCCUCCCAUCUGCAACCCGGCCUUCUUUGUGCCUCGCUGCUGACUGUCCACACUUGGCCUCUCUCUGAUCCAAAUAUAGUCUGCCCAGCGCCUGACUGCUGGCUCCGGCCCCUCCGCCCCAAACAACAAGAAGAAAGGUUCUUGGCCGAGCGUGCCAAGGGAGGCAAGGCCCUUGGCGUCUCAGUCCGACCCCCUGAAAAAUUCCACGGCAUUAUCGCAUCAUGGCUGCCUGCUGUCCUUCGAUCCGGCCAGUCCGUCAGUCUAUCUGCGGUCGGUCGGUCUCUGGCUGCAACUUCCCGCCUAAGUGGUAGCCAUCCACAGACCAUCACCAUCAUGCGCCGCCUCCAGCACAUCGGCGCCCUGCUGCUGCUCUUGUUGCACAGUCAACGGGCCUACUCUGAUCUCAAUGUCCAAAUUGGCGAUGCUGCAUGUCCGCCAGACUCCCUCACCAGCGCCGGCAAGGCCAUCGCCGAACCUUUGAUGGUCUUCUACAAACAGAAUCAAACCGAAGGCAUUCCCGGAAAACUCACAGACACCUGGUAUGUCGCGGGGAGCAUGUUCAUGACCCUCAUCCAGUUCUGGCAGGCCUCGGGAGUGGAGGACUAUAACUCCGUCGUCCAGCACGACCUGAUGUUCCAGGCUGGCGAGAACUAUGACUUUUUCUCCGCCAACUACAGUCAGUGGCUGGGUAAUGAUGACCAAAUGUUCUGGGGACUCGCCGCCAUCACCGCCUCCGAAGCCGGCUUCCCUGAGGUCUCCGGCAAACCGUCAUGGACAUCCCUUGCGCGUGCCGUCUUCAAUAUGCAGGUCAACCGGUGGGACGAAACCGCGUGCAAUGGCGGCAUGCGCUGGCAGAUAUGGCCCUACCAAGCUGGGUACACGAUGAAGAAUGCCAUCUCGAACGGCGGGCUGUUCGAGCUCUCGGCGCGGCUGGCCCGCUUCACCAAGAACGAGACCUACGCUGAAUGGGCUGAGAAGAUCUGGGACUGGUCUGCGACGACGCCGCUCCUCAAUACCAACACAAGCACGUGGAAUAUCGCCGACAGCACGUCUAACGAAGCCAACUGCAAAGACGCGGGGAAUAACCAAUGGACCUAUAACUACGGGACGUAUCUGGUUGGAGCGGCAUUCAUGUAUAACCACACAAACGGCUCCGCCAUAUGGCUCAACCGAGUUAACAACCUGCUCGACUCCACGUUCACCCGCUUCUUCCCGGCUGCCUACCUCAACGGCACAGUCCUGUCCGAAGUCGCCUGCGAGCCCAUUCUCUCUUGUGACCGCAACCAGCUCUGCUUUAAGGGGUACGUCGCCAUGUGGCUUGCCUUCACGGCGCUACUCGUCCCCUCCACCAGCGACCGCAUCGUGCCCAAACUGCAGGGCUCCGCCUCCGCCAUCUCCAAGCAAUGCUCCGGCACAGCAGACGGGAUGAGUAACCUCUGCGGUGUCCGCUGGUACCAAGACUCCUGGGACGGGUCAUUAGGACUGGAAGUACAGAUGAGCGCGCUGGGCGGCAUCACGUCCAACCUGAUGUUACUGUCCUCACAGUCCCCGCAGACCAUCUCUGAAAAUCCUGACGCAUCGGAACACCAUAUUGACACGAGCGAUGAUGAGAAGGACCCGUCAGCCUCGGACCCCAUCGAGACGGGGGAUCGAGCGGGCGCAUGGAUUCUGACCGCCAUCUUAGCCGCGUUAAUGAUCGGUGCGGUGGCAUGGUUGCUGAAGACACAGUAAUCACCCUUUGCUUUAUUCGCUUAUGAUUAGCUAGCCUCGUAGAUAUACAUGUAUUCUUUGCUUCUUAUACCUUACGCUUUAUACCUUCUCAUCGACACUGUCAUUCUCAUUGUUUGUGCUGGUCGGGCUACUAUAGCUAAAUCUCAGACGACUUCCAUUCUUUCCAUUCUAUACAUCUUUUCCCAUCAAGAAUGGUACUGUACCUUCGUUCUGCCUGCUUUUCAUUCCCACACGACUAAUUAAUCUCUAUGACCUCCCUCCCC